AUGCCCUUCCUCCUCAGCAAACGUCUCCGCUCCGACGACCACGACGCCGUCAAUAAACACACCGUCUCCGCCGCCGCCGCAAUUGGAGGUGGAUUCUGGGCUAUUCCUGCGUGGCUUAACUUUGGGCAAGUCUGUAGCUUCGCAGCGGCGGCCCGGCCGGAUAUGGUGGUCUUGCAGCACAGCAGGCUUCGUUUUCCGAGAGAUUUUUUUAGCAGCAGCCCAUGGGGGAGGCCCGGAGGCAUCGGCGACUCGGCGGCUAGGGUUGGGAAUUACCUCCUGAUAGCUCAGGACACUGUGUGGCCCAUGAUAUCUAGUUCGAGUCCUUCCUCUGUUGGUUCAGUGGCUUCCUAG